UGUUGGAGGAUGCGACUUCUUCCGAGGGAAGUGGGUACCCGAGUCCGACCCAUCGUCGUACCCGGUCUACAACUCCGCCACAUGCCCAUUCAUAGAGAGAGAGUUCAACUGCGAGAAAAAUGGACGCCCUGAUCGAAACUAUCUCACUUACACUUGGCAACCCCAUGACUGCAACUUAGCAAGAUUUGAUGGUGAAGACUUGUUGCGGAGGUUGAGAGGGAAGAAGAUAAUGUUUGUAGGAGAUUCACUGAGCAGAAACCAGUGGCAAUCACUGACUUGCUUGCUCUCUACUAGUGUUCCUAAUGCCAAUUACACCAUUGACAGAGUUGAUGAUGUCUCUACAUUCACUUUCAUGGAUUCUGGCGUGAAAGUGAUGCUUGAUCGCAAUGUCUAUUUGGUAGAUGUAGUGAGGGAAAACAUUGGUAGAGUCCUAAAACUUGACUCAAUCCAGAGUGGCAAGCUGUGGAAAGGAAUUGACAUGCUCAUCUUCAACACAUGGCAUUGGUGGAAUCGCAGAGGAGCUGCACAACCUUGGGAUUAUAUACAAGUAGGAAACAAAACCUACAAAGACAUGGACAGAAUGGCUGCAUUCCGGAUGGCACUCACUACAUGGGGUGGUUGGGUGGACUCCAACAUUGACCCAUCCAAAACCAUGGUUUUCUUCCAAGGGAUCUCUCCUUCUCAUUACAAUGGCACAGACUGGAAUGAACCAACAGCAAAGACCUGCCAGGGGCAGCAUCAACCCUUGUUGGGUUCAACCUAUCCAGGAGGCCUACCACCCGCUGUGGCAGUGCUUAAGGCGGCAUUGAGCAAAAUCAAGAAGCCUAUCACUUUGCUCGACAUAACCAACCUCUCACUAUUGCGAAAGGAUGGGCAUCCUUCUAUAUACGGGCUCGGUGGCCGCACUGGAAUGGAUUGCAGCCAUUGGUGUCUCCCUGGAGUCCCUGAUACUUGGAACCAGAUCCUUUAUAAUAUCAUCUUAAACAAUAAAGCCAUGCACUCAUGAGUUAUCAUUGAAAAAUUUGAUUAGAUAUAGCUAUUCUUUCCCCAAGUAAGCAAUACAAUUUUUAGUGCAUGCCAUUUAUUUGGCUAGGUGUUUUCUCUUUUUUUUUUUGGGUACCCAUUUCAAUAAAUUUUAAUUUGGAGAAGUGUUGAUAAAGUAUGGAGAGCAAUAUUACAAGACUCAUGCUAAUGAUUGGAUUUAUAUAACCUCCAUUUCUUGAUCAAUGGUUGAUCAAAAUUCCAUCAAUGAAACAAAA